AUGGGUCAAAACCAGUCAGCCGAAGCUCUAUACAAGACUCAGGAGACUAGGAAUGUGCUAGCAAACAGUCAGAAUCAGUCCUCUGAUCGUUCCAACGAGUCUACUAUCAUUUGCAAGAGUCGAUGGAGUGAGAUUAUUUUUACCCCAAGCGCAAAAACUCCCUACUAUGAGGAUAUGCUGACGAACACGCCUUUGUUUACCUUUCUUAGCGGAUUCUAUCAAAAGAAUGAAAGCUCGAAGCAUAUCUUCUUUCAUCUAGCGUAUGAUGAAGUUUGCCGUGUGGCAGAAUAUGCGAAAAGCACGUUUCACUGGAAAAUAUUCAAAUAUACCGGAGAACCGACCGAAAACGGUAUUAUUUAUUGGAUUGGGUGUCUGAAUGAGUCCCAUCUGUAUGAAAAUCCCAUCAAAACAGGUCUGGUCGAGAUUGUGACCAGCAAAGACUAUCAUGUGAACUAUUCUCGUUGUGAAUCUUCCAUCUAUCGUGUUUUGGAAUUGCCUAGUCUGUCAGAUAGAGACUGCUAUUUUGAUCCCGGCUGCAUUAUCUUUCACUUUCCCAAACACCUGAUUUGUCCUGCUGGAUACACGUUUCGAAAUGGAGGAGGCCGAGGAUCCGUGGUUCGCAGAUGGGUACUUGAAGCUGCAACAUCGAUCAAUGGUCCCUGGACGGUAAUAUCCAAUCACCCGGAGGAUGAUACGUUUUUUUACGAUGUGACCGAUGGCCAAGAUAAAGAAAACUCAUUUCUGUAUAUAUAUAUUUCAAGGCCUUCUAAAGAUGUAGACCUCAUUGCUGGCCAAUAA